AUCAGAACCAUCACUAGGACCAGGACCUGCACCAACCCACCUCCCAGUAACGGUGGACUGGAUUGUCAAGGCUCGAACACAGAGACGGUUUCAGAGGCAUGCAACGAUGGUGGAUGUCCAGUGAACGGAAACUGGAGUGAAUGGGUGGAAACUUCAACUGCGUGUUCCGUAUCUUGUGGAAGGGGAUCAAGAACCAUCACUAGGACCAGGACCUGCACCAACCCAUCUCCCAGUAACGGUGGACUGGAUUGUCAAGGCUCGAACACAGAGACGGUUUCAGAGGCAUGCAACGAUGGUGGAUGUCCAGUUCCAGGUGACCUGUGUGAUGGCUGUGUUUAUAAUAACGGUAUCGGGUACAUGCCUUACCCCUUGGACUGUUCGAAAUACGUACAGUGUUUGGAGAACAAUUAUUACAUCAUGCCUUGUUCCCCUGGAACGCUCUGGGAUCAGACCCUCCUCAGCUGUCAACUUGCAAGUUCCGUUUCAUGCGGUUCCUCAUUUCCAGCGCCUACAACAGUUGGUUCCAUGUGUCGUUGUGACACCGUGGAUGUUUCCGUUCCUGAGACUACAACAACAACGACAACAACAACAACAGCAGCAGCACCACCACCUACUUCCAAGUGUAGGGAGGUCGCCGGAAACAAGGCUCGUUACGACGAGUUGGUGAGUGGUCACGGUUGGGUGAACAGACUCUGUCCUCCGGGAACCGAGUUCCGUCUUCCGUGUGAUUGUGUACUGGCCAAAGUCACUGUAGCACCUGUUGUCCCAACUACACCUGUGCCAGCUAAUCCGGUGUGCCAACCGGAAGUGUACCUCCCUUGCGACAAUGACCUCGAAGACCACUCCGGAAACCACAUCCACAUACAGAACGAGGGCGUCAACAUCACCGACGGCGUUGCCGUCUUCACUCGCGACUCCGGCCUCCGAAUUCUGCGUUUCUCCAACGUUGACUUCGGCAGCACCCUUGUAAUAUCCUUCUUACUUCGGAGGGGUGGACAGAGCAAAAGAGCACAGGCUAUCGUCAGCAACGCAGACUGUGGUCGACAGGGGAGCAUCUACAUCACACAGACAUCGUCGACGGUUCAGUUCAUUGUAUUGAACAAAUAUACCCAAAAAUGUAACAUCACGCUGCCAUACCAAUUUGUCGCGGGUCCCAGGGGCCGGUCAAUGACUGCCUGCAGUCUGACCGUUGACGGGGGUAACAUGACAGCCACAGUUGGUGCCAAGACGAGAACCAUUUCCUGUCCAGGUGACAUUGCCAGGAGUCAGUGCGCCAUGCAGGUGGGACGGGGGACAGGCUAUGAUGACUUUACAGGUGAACUAGACGAGUUCACCGUGUCCAUGUGCCGCUCUGAUAUCGUGCUGACCUAGUUGCGACACUUCGACACUUCAACAUUUCGACACUUCAGCAUUUCGAACCCAACGCGCUUUCAACACAAGCUUGCCAGAAAUAGCCUUUAUUACAAGCAUUUUUAUAUAAGUAAAAAAUAAAUUAUGAAAUAUGAGUGUGUGUGAAACUCCAGGAACCUUUUG